UUUCACCUUUGUGUGUGCGCUGCGGACCAGGUUUAGCAACUUGGUUACAUGUGUAAUACCUCCGGGUGCGUUACUGAAGUGGGACAUCAUGGAGCUGUGACCAAGAUCGACCCGUUUUGGCUUUAUUUUUUUAUUUUUUUUAAAUCCCUGAGGACAUACUGAGAGUGUGUUUGUGGUUCAAAACCUGCUGCUGCUGAUCGACGCCGCUCAAACUGUUGUGCGCUCUUUCCGUCCAACCGGAGGAUCCGUCCGAGUCCGACGGACAAGAAUGAAGUCUUCUUCUGCUUAGCAACCAGUCCCUGUUAAAGAUGGUUCAGCAAAGGUCCUCUGUGAUUAUCCCUCCUCCUGUGGUUAUGGUUGCACCCAGCAAACAGUCAGGAAUGUCCUCCUCCUCCUCCUGCCUAUGACAUGAUUUAACUCACGUAUGAUCUGGUCACCGUGAUGGCCUCCAUGGUUGCCAAUGGAAACCGAGACGGGCAGUCUCUGGUCUUGAAAGGGGUGGAUCCAGAGACCUGCAUGAUUGUUUUCAAGAACCACUGGGCUCAGGUGGUCAAGAUCCUAGAAAAGCAUGAUCCCCUGCGCAGCAGCUCCACCCAUUCCUCCCUGAGUGUCAUCAACCUAAACUCUGGCUCUAGCGGUGGCUCUCGUUUUGGCCCCAUCCCUGGAGACGAGGCGAGUGCGGUGCAGAACUAUGUGGAGCACAUGCUGUUCCUGCUGAUGGAGGAGGAGAGCGGUCAGGCCGGAGCUAUGGGCCCCAUCCUGGAGUUUGUGGUGAUGGAGAACGUGAUGGAGCGUCUCUUUGUGUGGAGCCUCCGCAGGGAGUUCACAGACGACAUGAAACUGGAGCAGCUGAAGAUGUAUGAGAUGCUGGUGGGGCAGGCGCACCAGCCGCUGCUCCAUCACAAACCCAUCCUGAGGCCGCUCAUGAUGCUGCUGUCGUCCUGUUCAGGCACGGCAGCGCCUGCGGUCGAAGCUGAGCUGGUGCUGCUGCUCAACCAGCUGUGCUGCGUUCUGGCAAAGGACCCUUCAAUUCUGGAGCUUUUUUUCCACACCAGCGAGGAUCAGGGAGCCACCAACUUCCUCAUUUUCUCCCUCCUCAUCCCUUUCAUUCACAGGGAGGGCACAGUGGGCCAGCAGGCCAGAGAUGCUCUGCUGCUCAUAAUGUCGUUGUCUGCUGAGAAUGAGCGAGUGGCCAAACACAUCGCACAGAACACCUACUUCUGUCCGGUGCUGGCCACAGGGCUGAGCGGCCUGUACUCAUCUCUCCCCACCAAGCUGGAGGUUCCCAACGAAGAGUGGCACUGCCUCCACAAAGAGGACUGGCUCCAGAUGCCGUCACUCGUCCAGUUUCUUAACUCGCUGGAAUUCUGCAACGCUGUUAUUCAGGUGGCCCACCCUGAUAUCAGAGACCAGCUGGUUAGUUACAUCUACAACGGAUUCCUCGUGCCUGUCCUAGCACCAGCUCUUCACAAGCUGACCCUAGAGGAGGUGAUGACCACCACAGCGUACCUCGACCUCUUUCUGAGAAGUGUUUCUGAGCCGGCCCUGCUGCAGACGUUCCUCUCCUUCAUCCUCCUCCACCAACAUGAGAGCGUCCACAUCUUAGACACACUGGUCAGCCGCAUCAACACCCCCUUCCAGUUGGGCACUGUGUCACUGGCACUCUUUCGCACUCUCAUUGGCUUAUACUGUGAAGAUGUGAUGCUGCAGCUCAUAUUGAGGUAUCUGAUCCCCUGUAAUCACAUGAUGUUGAGUCAGAGACGUGUGGUGAGGGAGAGAGACUGCUACUCGGUGUCAGCAGCCAAGAUCCUGGCAUUAACACCAUCCUGCUGCUCUCCUGAUCACAGCCCACCGCCCCUCCGACAGCUGGACUCCAUCCUCUUCUCCAAGGGUGUUGAGACUGCCAAUAACACCGACACCGCUGAGGAAAAAGAGAGCUACUCAGAAGAGAAAGAUGAUAACUCCUGCACUAUCGGGUCAGAAAUCUACCUGGAUGUCAGUUACCUUCAUUACCUCUGCGAUGCCCAUCUGAGUAUCAGCAACAGCAUACGGGCAUGCCGGGUUUGGUCAGCCCCGUACGAUGGCGAGGACCCGCCUCCUGAGAAAUACCAGCCGGGUGUCCUUGAGGAGCCGGGGCUCAAGAGUCGACAAACCCAGAUGACACUCAAAAGAGUCCCACAGCCGCUGGCACCGGUCCUGCGACCCUGCCCACCACCAAAUACAGAGCCGCCCUCUGUCAACCAGCUGGAGCUAGAGUGGGAUGAUAGUUAUGAUGCGUGCCCUGUGCAGACUGCAGAGGCUCCAGUGGAGAGUAAACCUUCACAGCCGCAUCCUGCUGAACCCCCAAAGCACAUCCAGGAGAUGCGAAGAACAGCCAUUAUGUUGGUUAAAGGCUCAUACAUUGAGGAAAAUGAGUUCCAGGACGACGUCAUGGUGUACGAUCUUGUCGCCAAGAAAGACUCUAAAGAUGUUGAGAGAGGUAAGCACAAACCCGGCGGGUCAGAAUCAGAGGAACCCCAACCAGGCUCAGCAGAAGUCCCCCUGAAAAAUGGACUAAUUGUAACACUUCCAACCGCUGAUAAUGGCAAGAAUAGCUUGGACACAAAGGCCAAAGUUCAAACAGAUUGUAAUUCAAACCUCCAAAACACAACUGCUGUUGAAUGGGGUGACGACCUUUUGGCUCAGUAUGAAGAGCUCAUUCGUACGCUGGACACACAAGCAGGCGGAAAACCGGUUAAAGCUGGUGGAGAGGUGAAGAAGCCUGUUGCACCUGUGGAGGAGGGGGAGGAAGAGGAGGAGGAGGAGAUGGAUUUCAGCUCCUUCUCUGCUGAAACACCAGAACCAGAGAAACUGAGUUCGCCGUUUGGGGCCAAGCUUCGUAGCGGAAGUGCAAGCAGAAUCUAUUCAGUGCCUUUUACAGGUCCUUUUGUCAGUGUGCUGUUGUCUCGUCUGGAGAACAUGCUCUCUAACUCGCUUUAUGUCAACUUGUUGUUGACGGGCAUCCUGACUCAGUUGGCGGCCUACCCUCAGCCCCUCCUGCGCUCUUUCCUCCUCAAUACGAACUUGGUUUUUCAGCCAACUGUUCGCUCCCUGUACCAGGUACUAGCUACCGUGAAGAACCAGAUAGAAGAGCUGGCUGCCACCAGAAAGGAUUUUCCAGAGCUGAUCACUGCUGCCCAGCACUGGCUGCUGGCCAGGGAGACUUUCAUGGCAGCAGACAAAAACAGCAGCGAUGGCUCCACCCACGGUGAGGCGGGGAAGAUCCUGAAGAGUUCGCCACCACCAAAACCCAAAGCCAUCUCUCUGGACCGGACAGAAGUCUUUGCUACUGUCCUCUUCACGGAGUUCCUCAAAGAACUGGCUGCAAUUUCACAAGAGCACUCCAUCUUAUCUUACAUUCCUAUGGAAGAGUAACCGUGUCCCAACAGGCCUCAGUGAUGAGUCCAACUUAACUCUGAAAGAUUGUAAAAGACUCUCUUUUAUGGUGGUUUUCUAUUUUUUAUCAGGCACUACUUGAUGAAGAAACCUCUUAGAUUCAGUGAUUUAUACAACUGUUUUAAAAUGCUAGAAUAUUUAUUUUCCCAGCAAAGAUAAUCACUUUCAUGUGCUUUUUAAUUUCAUCUUUCAAGUUCAGUAAAGUGUUGAGCAGCCGAGGAGGAUGUCUAAGCUUUGAGCUGGAAAACCUUGGCCUGUUUGCUGAAGCCGGCACCAGCCGAUAAUACACAUAAAGGUGAGCAUCAGGUCGACCAACCAAAGAGAGGAUCUCGACUAAAACCAGCAUUUUUGAAAUUAUUUUUUUAAAAGCAAUCAUCAGUCCUUAUCUGAACUGCCCUCAUUCUGAAUGUCUUAUACAACCUGCUCCAAUCUCAGUAUGAUGCCUGCUGCUCAGUGUGGUUCUGUUACUCAGGUGGCCUUUCUGGAGUGUCGUUGCCUCUUGUCCACAGGAUUACACACCUCUGAACUAGCAGCAUGAAGAUGUAAUGUGAUUUCCAUUGUUGUAGCUGACUGGCAGCAUCAUCGCAGAAACACAUCCUAACUUUGUUCUCUUGUUACAUGGCGUGAAACAGGUUGGUCACUUUUGUCUUCAAACUUUACACAGAGGUGUUUCCGCAGUCAUUGUGUGUUAGACAUAGGUUUGUUUUGGUGUUUGUUUUUCUGUUGAUUCAUGAUGGUACCUCAGGAGUUGUUUUGAUGCACGUUCGGUUCGCUCAGUUCUUAAAAAGCCUUUGGGUGAAGCAAUGUUCCCUCAAUGCACUAGUUUCUCACAUUAAUGGGCUCCACAUGUUCUCCAGACCAUAGCACCAAAACGGGAUUGUUCUUGCUAUAUCUAAUUUACCUUACUUUAGUGAUGCUUUAUAAUGUACAUAUUGAAAGAAAAAUAUUCAAAUGACAGAACACUAUGCAAAUCAAUGAUAUUUGGGUUAUAAUUAAGUUGGGAUAUUUUCAGAAUGGGAUGGGGUAUUUAAUAUUUUUUGAGAGUUUCUAUUGCCAUAUUGUUUAUUGUUUUGUUUUUUUUGUUCAACAAGGUUACACUAGAGGCUUCUUAGUUAUGGUUUAUCAUCUCUUCCUUCUAUGUAGGGAUUGUGUAGGGCAUUGUUUUAGUUGUAAUAAGUCUGAAAUAUCACUGUUGGGAGAGUCGUAGUUUUGCAUCUUAUGAAAACCAUCUCAGACUGUAACAGUUACGGUUGCCUUCAUUUUAAUCCACAUGGUUAUGAAAGAGAGAUAUAAUACAAGAGAUAUAUUUUGUUACAAAGCAUGCCUCUAUUAAAUUAAUUUACCAGGACAGAAAUAGUUUUAAAAUAGUGCCUAAAUUAUGAUUUUAGUUCACACUAUUGCCUGAUAUCGAACGGAUUUACAAAGGAGUAAUGCAAUAUUUUAUAGUGAAAUGUUGUUUUACAUGAAGCUGUCCAUUGUCAAAGUGCAAAGGAAAGCUCAUAGGGUCUUAGGAUGUGCACAGUAUAUUGUUUUGAUAUGUUUUUGACCAAGAAAAAAAAAAAAAAAAAAAAAAAAAAUCAGUCACCGUCCUUGUCCAUCCACAAGUUGAUAGAAAGAUACUGUUGAAUAAUGUGGACAUUGAAAAUAGUUAAGAGAAUUUGUUGCGCGAACUUUAGUAAAUCCUAUCAUUUUUUUGCAGAUUCAGACUGAGGUAUUGGACUGCUUUGACAUAACGUACUUUUCUACUUUUGUAGAAACAAACUGUAGAAAAAAAUCGCAGUAGCAUUGUGAUUUACACUGAGCUGAUCAAGGUUGUCAUCUCAUAUAUUCAUUUAAUCAAAUCAAGAGUUACGUGUAAGUUUUAAGUUUUAAAUCUGGAUUGUGUAUUUUUGUUCCUAUUUAAAUCCAUUCAAUUUCUACUUGAUGCUUUAGAUGCUAUGCAGGCAAUGAAUUAUGCAGUAGGAUCUUUCUGUGAUAAUACUUUUUUUUUUUUGUACAAAAAUGGCUUGGAACUGUAUAUUUGUAUCAAUCAAAGCCAUUUUCAGAACUGUUGAACAAGUCUUUCUCUCUGGUUAAAGAAUGUUGCAGAGCACUUUAUCAGCCUUUUCAUACUAUGGUGUCACUCUGCGCUGCUGACACAGGCCUUCCACCAGCACAGGUUCAGUAUGUGUAACACAUCCAGCACAGUAUAACAAUCACUGUUUUAGCAGCAUUGUGGCAUGAAAACGGGUAUAAUAACCAAGGUUAUGGACCAGUUUCUGUCUCAGUAGGUUCCAAAGAUUCAUCCUCUCUGAUACCAUUUGGCCUCAGUUUUCUGUCAGAUAACUGUUCAGGUUUGCUGUUUGUUGCUGACGUCUGCGACAUAAAGGCAUGCCUCUUUCAAUAAAAACAACUUCUGGUAAAUGAAACUGAAUGCACUUAAUGUGACGACUUUUCCCCACUCUCUUUAAACUAAAAAAAAAAAAAAAACAAUGCAAAGCAAAAGCCCAUCUUCUUUGCCUUACAGGUUUUACCUGACACCAUCAAUAUAUUCUUUCCUUUUCGCCCGAGGUGGUUUGCAGGUGUUUGUUCUGUAGACACCGACGUCCUCAUUUAAUAAACAUUUCCUUUACAAACA